CAUUCCGAUAAGAUAAAAAACAAGGAACCCAAAAAUCACAAUUUUAUAAACUUCGACGUGCAUGAUGCGGUUAGUCCAUUGACAAGAGGUGCAAAGUUUGAUCAGUUUCAGUCAGUCGACCGUGACCCAUAAAGUCUGAAUUGUGACCGGUUUCCGCUGCUCGAGCUGUGAGGGGGGGAAUGCAGACCACUGAGCUCAAUUCAGCUUCUUUUCAGUCUUUUGGAGUAGCUUAUGUGAACUAAUAGUGGAGAAAGUCAGGCCACUGCAUGAAAUAAUAUGUCGAGAAAAAUGUCGCGUUUUCUAAUUCGCUUCUCCUCCAUCGUUUCCAACGGAGCGACUGUCAAAUCAAUUUUGCCUCAGAAGAGGAUACUUGUAGGGAUUCGGCUGGUGUCUACAUCGACGGGUUUGCAGUCACUGACACGUUAUGACCAGUCCACAGAUUGGCAGAGGAAGCUGACUCCAGAACAGUAUGUUGUUACAAGAGAAAAAGGCACAGAGGUGCCAUUCAGUGGUAUCUACUUGAAUCACAAUGAGGUGGGCAUGUACCACUGUGUUUGCUGUGACUCCCCUCUUUUUGGCUCAGAAGCGAAAUAUGAUUCAGGAACUGGUUGGCCGUCCUUCUAUGAGGCUCACGGGACAUGGGAAAAAGACGAGAGUCACGCCAACAUUGUCCGUCGCCCUGACAACUCACUAGGUAGCACGGGAACAGAGGUUAUCUGCAAACAUUGUGAUGCCCAUCUUGGACACGUCUUUGAUGAUGGUCCAGAUCCGACUGGCCAGCGAUUCUGCAUCAACAGCGUUGCUCUAAACUUUAAGCCCAGAGAGAAAUAAUGUAGAGACAUCCAGCAAAAAAAAAAAACUCUGCAUUUACAGUUAUUCCAUGCAAAUAAAGAAAACAAAUAGCAUUUGAAUAACACAUGUCCACUGUGGUAUGCUAGGAGUUACAGUUGUUUAUGGUGGAAAAAAUAAAAGUUUGCAUGCGUUUUAGGAAAAGUGCACUCUUAAAAAUUAAGUUUUCAAAGGGUUUUUUAGCAGCAGUGGAGGUUUUGAUUCCUUAUAGAACCUUUCUAUGAAUAGUUCUUAAAAGAACAAUUUUUUUUCUUAGUGUAAAGACCAUUUUAAAAUUCUAAAGAACUCUUUCCACUGUAAAGAACCUAUUGGAAGGGAAGUUAAAGGAUCUUAUUGGAACCAGAUGGCAAUAAAAAAAAAAAAAAAAAAACGUUAUUUUUAAGAGUGUGGUCGAUUAAACGUCCCACAAGAAGGUGUUAUUAAGUUCCUGUGUACUGUAAUGUUGCAUUAUUAUCUUGUAUUUUUAAAUGCAUUGAAAUCGGAUAAUGCACACACUAAAAAAAGAUUGUAAAUGACAUAUCAGGUUGUAUUAAAGUGAACAUUGUCAGAAA